GCUGCACGCUGAGAUCAGGCGGCUGCAGCAACACUGCACAGAUUUAACGUAUGAGCUGACACUUAAAAGUUCGGAUCAGACAGGCCUCACACGAGCAGUAACUAUUCACGAGCGUGUCUAGGUCCUCAUGACCGUUCCUCUGAGCCCAAGAGCACCAUCCAGCACUGACGUUCCAUCUGCGCCACCCGUGCCACGUCUCCUAAGUGUGCCUUCCGGGAGCCAGGACCCCCUCUUCCUGUGUGUGGUGGAUGAGGGGCCUGGGGACGGGGUUCAGGAGAGCAGGAUGGCCACCUCCAGUCGGGGACUCCAGCCCGCACCCCGCCAUCCAUGUCACCGAAAUCAGGCUGUCCUUACUUCCUGUCCCCUCUGAGCCCACGCUAAUCUGUAGAAACACCAUUCUUGCCCUAUAUCCUCUCCAGACGUGGUUCUCGGCCCUGAGUCCCGAGGCCACCCGCCCACCAACCCGGCCCCUCAUCAGGGGCUCGUGGUAACAGCUGGCGUGGGGCAUCUCCUGUGGGGGGCAGAGCGCAAGCCUCUCAGGUGGGCCUGUGCCCCGCCCAGGGGUGGAAGCACACGCAGACGCGGCUCUCAGAGGAGCCGUUCGGCAGCUUCUCUGACAUCCCUGAACCCGCAUCCUCAUCUGAGAGGCACCCACAAACACUGGUUCCGGCCUCACCACCAGGGCCUCCUACCUUCACGGACCACCCGCCCCGUUCAGCCGCCCUGCACAGCACGAGCACAGCCAGGGAGAGUCUUGCCGAAGGGCGGCCUGUGUGGUGUUAGGGGCAGGCCAAGGACCAAGGAGGGGCCUGAACUCAGGCCCAAGGAUGCCAUGCUCUGAGAGGUGCAGAGAGGGGACCCGUGUCGGGGGAAAGGUGGCAGCCUGGCAUCCAGCCUCCUCCGCAAUUUCAGAGCUUUGGUGCUCUAGACAUAAAGGAAGUCUACAUUUGCCUUUCCAAACCGUGCUUGGAAUGGCGCAUACAGAUGGCUCUGCUAACAGUUUAAUCCUCAGCCUUUGGAGAGGUCUAAUACUCUGAAACUGCCCAUUUUAACGUCAGCAUUUUUGAAAUUUGGAGACAUCCUUUUAUGCAAUAAGCUGGAGAGCUGGAUGGGGCCUCAAAGACCGCCUGAUCUCCCACCUUUUCCUGGGGGGAGAGGACACGGAGGUGGCACGAGCGAUGGGGGUCCUACCCUCCGUGUGGCCUGUGGGCACCGCACCCAUCUUGGCCAGGGGAACCGCCACCGUGGGGAGGGGGGGCCGGCCUAGACCCCCGAUCCCCGCACAGAAGGUCUCCCUGCCCCCCAGGGCCUGGCCGCCCUGCCCUCGGGUUCUCACUCCGCUCCCUCGGCUUGGCCUUCCAGGAGACAGCUCUUCUAGAAGCAGCGAACUCAAGAAAAGAUGUGAAGACCUGGAGGCGCAGCUGAAGCUGAAGGAGGACGAGAACAACGAGCUGCUGACCGAGCUGGAGCAGAAGAGCGCGAUGGUCGUCGUGCUGGAGAACAGCAUCAAGGAGCGCGAGAGGCGGUACCUGGAGGAGCUGAAGGUGAAGAGCCACAAGCUGGGCGCGCUGAGCAGCGAGCUGGAGCAGCGCGCCGGCACCAUCGCCUACCUGACGUCGCAGCUGCACGCCACCAAGAGGAAGCUCCUGAGCUCCGGCGGCACCUCGGACGGCAGCGCGGCCGGCAGCCCCGCGCUGGCCAGCUACAAGCCGGCCCCGCCCAAGGACAGGCUGCCCGAGACGCCCCGGCGCCGCAUGAAGAAGAGCCUCUCGGCCCCGCUGCACCCGGAGUUCGAGGAGGUCUACAGAUUCGGGGCCGAGAGCCGGAAACUGCUUCUGCGGGAGCCGGUGGACGCCAUGCCCGACCCCACCCCGUUCCUGCUGGCCAGGGAGUCGGCCGAGGUCCACCUCGUCAAGGAGCGGCCCCUCGUCAUCCCCCCCAUCGCCUCGGACCGCAGCGCCGGCGAGCAGCCCAGCCCCGCCCGCGAGAAGCCGCACAGGGCGCACGUGGGCGUGGCGCACCGCAUCCACCACGCGACCCCGGCGCAGGCCCCGCCCGAGGUGGAGACGCUGGCGGUGGACCAGGUGAACGGAGGCGGCAAGGUGGCGAGGAAGCACUCAGGGACGGACAGAACUGUGUGAAGGCCCCCCGCGACCCUUCCCCGCGCUCUCGAGGCACUGUGAUCACUCCUAGGAAAAACUCAGCCGCACCUCCUCUGUUUCUUUUCUUUUUCAAUUCCCAUGCAUGCCGAAUUGUUUUCACGCCUGUCAACAGAUUAUUCUCCUGCUCCCCCUGCCCUCUGACCGACACCGAAACACGAUCGUGUCCCUGCUACGGAAUCCGUACUUACUAAUCGCUGCGGCCAAACACCUGUGUGCCGACUCGCUUGCUUCCAGCCCGGCUCCGCGGAAUCUCAGCGCGCUCGCGGACAAAGCACGGGCCGCAGGCUGCGCCGCUGCUCGACGUUAACGACAUCAGAUAGUCACACGCCUAAUUAUAAAGUCGGAGCAACACAUAACGACCUUGACCUCAUCCCUCCCGUUUCCAGGGCGGCCUGUCCGGAGCAGCCCUGCUCCCUCCAGGAGACCCCCGUAACCUCCCGACACACCCUCCCCCGGGGGGCGGCACGGAUAACCGAGCAGAUGUAUGUUAAGUAACGGGAACUAAAUAAGAUGACGUCACUCCUCAUAUCACCACGACCUGAAUGUGUGUUGUUUUUUGUUAGUUUUAUCCAAAAUGUUCAAGAUCCCAACAAACUUUAUUUUCUAAACCUGC